AGCCACCACCUUUCUUCGAGUGCCCAAGUGUGCGCUCUGCUGGGCUGGGUGCCGGCUGAGGCAGCAGCAAGCGCUGGGGACAAAGCUUUGCACGUCCACUCUCAUCUCCCCCUGUAACAGUGCCACUUUUGUGUCCCCGUGCUUGCAUUUACCAACUCAGUUGGGGCUCUGGGAUCCUGGCGCUGGGUGGGGGCCAAGGGAGGCUGUGGUGGGACUGAUCCUGCCCGGCCAGCAGCCCCUUGCUGUCCCAGCGAGCCCCCGCGUCAGCAGCCCUGGUGAAUUCGUGGCUCCUGAUUCCUCAGGCAGGAAUUAAAUGCAUCGUUAAUUGGAAGUCUUGCUGAACGCCAGCCGCGCGGUGUGAUCCAGCGGCUGCAUUAAGGCAUCUCGCUGGGUGCAGAUUAAGCCAUAUAAAGAAAUCCAGGCAGAAAAGAAACACAAAGUGGACUCAGGUCGGUGCCGCUGAAUUUGCACAGUGGCCUCUCCAAAGCCCCGUGCUUGUCAGGGAAGUGCCCGGCGGUGAAGUGCACAAGCAGCUGAGGUGGUGCUGGCCGAGCUGCCCACGCUCGAGCCAGGAGCCUCCCAAAAGAGCCGUGGGAGCCCUGGGGACAGCAGCACCCAGCUGCUCCUCUCCUGGCGUCCUGCACCCCGCGGCGAUGCUGCCCAUGCCAGCCCUCAGCUGCCCCGUGCAAACUCCCAGCCCUGGGUUUAGUUCCCCAGCCCAGCGCGAGUGACGUCCUUGCUGCUUUGAGGAGUCAAUUAAAAGGUGAAAAUUUCCCCCGUUGUGUGCUGGCAGGAGAGGCGGGUCGGUGAAGGGCAUGCCAGGGGUGAUGCAGCACCUUGCAGGGGCCAACUCACGGAGCUCGCUGGGUGCGGGUGCGCGGGGACGGAGCCGUCGCCCCAUGCAAACCACGACCCCAUGCAAACCACGAGCCCUUCUGACCCCAGCUCCGCGGGACAGCCCCGACAGCCCCGUCUGUGAAUGCUGUGUGGGUCCCUGGGCGCUCGCAGCCUCUCCGCACCGGGGGGGGGGGGCUGUGCUUGGGCGCUGCCUUCACCCCCCUCCCCGCGGCUGCGGAGCGCUCGCCGCAUCCUGCACGGCAGCAUCUCGUGGAGGGCUUUGGCAUAACCAUGGCAACUGCCAGGUAAUUAACAGACGGCUCUCAAUGUCAUGGGAACAAUCCACGAGCAAACAGCGCACGCGGGCGCUGGGCUGCACGCCUCCCUGCCCCUCCGGUGCAGGACGUGGCCCGCAGGGCUCCACCUGGCCUGCCCCAAAACCGGCUCCGUGUGCGCUGCCCCCACGUCCCCUGGGCACCAGGGACAGAGACGUUAGGAGCGACUUUCUGGCUCGCCUGCCGCUUCGCUUUGCUUCUGCCAGGAGCUGCCCCUGCGCAGCGGCUGGGCGCAGGAGAGGCAGGCUCGCCGCGACGCUCCGUCUGCAGGGCUGCUGCUGAGCCGGCUGCAGGGAGCUGCAGCGAGGAGCCACCACCCCGGGGAGCCCCCCGGCUCCCACCGUGGCGUGGGGCAGGAUCCUGCGGGGUGGCACAGCCGUGACGAGAAGCAGGAUGCGCCCCACGGCCACCUGAACCCUGCGACCGCCGGCUUUUGGGGGGCCAGGACGUCCCAGGGAGCUGGUUAGGGUCGAAGGGGCCAUGGAGCCCAGCGGGGACGGUGCCAACGCCACCGCCUACGAGCUCGUCCUGCAGAACCGCCCCAACGCCAGCGCGCAAUUCACCGGGGUGCAGCUCAUCCAGUCCUUCAAGCCCCUCAUCAUCCCCUGCUACGCCCUCGUCGUCCUCGUCGGCAUCUUCGGCAACUACCUGCUCCUCUACGUCAUCUGCAAGUCCAAGAAGAUGCACAACGUCACCAACUUCUUCAUCGGGAACCUGGCCUUCUCGGACAUGCUGAUGUGCGCCACCUGCGUGCCCUUCACCCUGGCCUACGCCUUCAACCCCCAGGGCUGGGUCUUCGGGAAGUUUUUGUGCUACUUCGUGUUCCUGAUGCAGCCCAUGACCGUCUACGUCUCCGUCUUCACGCUCACGGCCAUCGCGGUGGACAGGUACUACGCCACCGUGCACCCCCUGAAGAAGCGCAUCUCGGUCACCAGCUGCGUCUACGUGGUGGGGGGCAUCUGGCUGCUGUCCUGCGCGCUGGUGGCCCCGGCGGUGGCGCACACCUACCACGUGGAGUUCCGGCAGCAGGGCUUCGCCAUCUGCGAGGAGUUCUGGAUGGAGAAGGAGGCGCAGCGCCUGGCCUACGCCUACAGCACCCUGAUCCUCACCUACAUCCUGCCGCUCUCCGCCGUCUCCCUCUCCUACCUGUGCAUCUCGGUGAAGCUGAGGAACCGCGUGGUGCCCGGGCACCCCACGCAGAGCCAGGCCGAGUUCGACCGCCUGAGGAAGAGGAAGAUCUUCCGCCUCAUCGUGCUGGUGGUGGCGGCCUUCGGGGUCUGCUGGCUGCCCAUCCACGUCUUCAACGUCAUCCGGGACAUCGACAUCAGCCUCAUCGACAAGCACUACUUCCUGCUCAUCCAGCUGCUGUGCCACUGGUUCGCCAUGAGCUCCUCCUGCUGCAACCCCUUCCUCUACGCCUGGCUGCACGACCGCUUCCGCGGCGAGCUCAGGAAGAUGUUCGCCUGCGAGCACCGCAUCCUCCCCGCCAACAACUGCGCGGCCGCCAGCGUCGUGCUCUGAGGGCCCGCGCCCCGGCCGCCCCCGCGCUCCCACCCGUCGCUGCGUCCGCCAGAGGUUUCCCCACCGAUGCGCUGCCGUGGGGUCACUGAGGCUCAUCCCAUCCCGUCCACGCGGGGACUGAUCCUUCCCCGUGGUGGAGGCGAGGUGUCACCCCCGGCACAGCUCCCCCCCCCCCGCCCCGCGCGCCCGGGAUCUCCGCCGGUGCCGCCCCAAGGUCUGUGCGCCCAGCCCCGGGGAGUCCGGUCCCGGUGGCCGUGGGGUACCCGGGGAAAUAGGGGGGGGACAGGGCUGGGGUGGGCAACGGGGCUCCUGCAAGACAAAGUGCCCGGGGAGCUUCGUGCUCGGCUUUGGGGCUGCAAGCACGUCAUUAUUCUGAAUUAACCAAGAAAAUGGGGCCCGCGUUCAGCUGCAGCGAGCUUUGGGGGGGGGCGGCGGUUUGGUGCCCCUCGUGAAGCGCAUCGCGUGGCCUGCAUUAAAUCCGCUCCGGGCGC